AGCUGUGUUGGCUUCAAACCUGCUGGAUACAACGCAGUUGUUCUGAAACAUGCCCUCCGUCCUCUUUGAUGCCGAGGAGGUGAAGUAUUGCGAGGCUCCAUUUCCCAAAGUCCGCUUGGGCUUCAACAAACGAGCCGGAGCUCUGAACAUGAUUUACUCGCCGUCUGACGCAGCCUUGGAGCUUGUCUCUGAUGUCUUUGAUCUCCAGGUGCAGGUGGAAGGCAAGACUUGUGCCGUUGGGGCCAAGGACGCGGUGCGGUGCACGUGGUGCACGUCACCUCCUCCACAGGUGAUGGCGACCUUUGCCGACGAGGCCUUGGCCGUCAAGUUCGCGGGGCAUCUGAAAGGAACUCCAGAGGAGGUGGGAACUGCAGCUCCCAGCACUCCCGUGCGCCGUCCGUCGAAGCUCGGGAUGGAUUUGACUCCUCCACGCUGUGUGCGGCCCAAGCUGCAACCCAUGGCAGAAGACCUUGAGAAGGGUGAGGAGUGUAAGAAGGCCUAGGCGCAGGUGGAGUGCGGCUGUUUUUUUUCUGAGCGUGGGCAUUGACAGUCACUCAUGGCUGCUGGUUCGA